AUGCCGCACCCAAUCCUUGGGCCGCCGCGUGCGGUACACGCACAUUGCAUUCUCAGAGGAGGCUUCCUGUGGGAAUGCAAUGAGCGGCUUCUUACGAUCGCACGAUCGAUACGCUCUGACUCUGACCUCCUCCACCGUUUCUUGGCUCUACUCUACUGCUACUUCACCGGCCCUCCCGCGUCCGCGUUGCUCUCGCCUCCGCUCAUUCGUGACUCUGCUCUCGCGUCUGCAUCACUCUCCCCUUUGCUCCGACGCGACUCCUCCUCACCGACUCUGUCGCAUCAGCAUCACGCCUGCGUACUCUCCAUCUCGAUGCCGGGCCCCGUCCACAACGGAGGCAACAGUACCGUCACCUCGCUCUUCGACGGGAAAUUCAGGAAGAUGGACGACUCGAUCGGAGGCGGAUACUACAGCUGCGUCGGUGAGAGGAACCGAGGGCACGGUUUCAUUUCGGAUUCGGAGUAUAUGAUCGUAGUGGGUCGGUCGGGUAACGAAACCAUGGUCAGCCAGGAGUUCUGUCACGCUCAGGGGAUGCCCGAUUGUAUGCGCAAGAAAGAUCGCAACAUGGCACCUCUGCUAGGAUGGUUCAUAGGCUGCGCCGUCGAGAAGCGGGAGGCGCGUAGGAAGCCGGACGACGGCGUUCUACGAUCCUCGCAAGCCGCCAGAGCGCAAGACCCGCACGAGCCGCGUCGAUGGGGGCAAUGGUGCCACCGUACCAAGUUCCGCAGAAGCGAGAACAUCUUUCCGCUCGACGAAUACAUCCUUAACCCCAGGUCCCACCAACUCCGGACAGACAAAUUGAGCGCGACCGGGAUCGCAUUCGAAGGCUGUCCAGUAUUCGGACAGGUCGAAAUCGCGCUCAUCUAUAUACCAGUAGAAGACGGCGACCUCGUCGAUGCGGCCGUAGCGUCGCACUGGAACGCGAAGACAAUCAUGUCGAAUUUCAAGACUAUGUUGAACAUUCUCAUGUCGAGAGCAUGGACUUUGUUCCAUGCUCUCGACGAGUACGAGACCUCCGCGCACCUCACCGUCGACGACUUGAGUGUGGGCGCCCAGCCCUACGUUCGCCGCGCCUUGCGAUAUACCUAUGAUCCGUUGCCGACUCUCCCUUCCGACGUCGUACUCCCGCCCGAGGCGAGGUUCACAGAACGUGAACUGACCGACUGGGCCGUGCGCUCGACACGCUGCCUAUGGCGCCAGAUGCAGGUCAUGACGACGACGCGUAUUGAAAAGUGGUUGGCCACCGUUUGA